AUGGGACUCUUGGAGGCCUCGAUCAUCCACCAUGUCGGCGGGGUGCUGGCGCUCACGUGGGCCCUCUCCUGGUUCGGCUGCUGCCAUCCCAUCGUCUACGUGCUCUGUCUGGCCUAUCUGUACAUGGUAUGCUAUGCUUCCUUCGCGUUGAUCCGACAAGCCUCCCUCCCUCCUCGCUCCCCAUCCCCUUUUCUCGACCCUCCACUUUACGGAGUUGCCGCUCCAUCUCUUUACAGAAUUGACUGACUGGUUGUUGAGAAGGGUAUACGGCUUGCGCUCGCAUUAUCGGGGAACUACUGAACUCAAUGGGGGCCGCAUCCUUCAGGGAUUACUUUGGCUCAUCUGGCCUUCUUCCAACUGAUGGCCCGAGUUUUCGCUCACUUUGCUGCUGUCUUUGGAUCGGCCUCCAGCCUGCCUGCCUUGCCUGCCUUGCCUGCCUUGCCUGCCUGCCCCUGAAACACUGUCUGCAUGGCACAACAGACGGCUUGUAUGAAGUACUCAUUGGUAGCUUUGACGGCCGUAGUUCGGGUCAGAGCUCCUGAUGAAGUUUCCAUCCCUGGUGCUAAUCAACAUCGUGAGGAUAUAUUAUAUACAUAUAGAUUUUAAAAGUUUGGUGGUCUUGAGAUGAGGCCUUUUGUUAAUCUUAGGGAGGGACAUUUUGAGGUUCUUGCCAUUAAGUGGAGAAUGCCUGAUGCGGCAUACGUGGUUUCAUGUUUUGAACCUGAAGGGCAUGCCUGUGGACUCAGUUUGGGAAGGAUGAGACCCCUACGAGUUGGUCAGUUGCUAGUUUAUCUGAUUCAGAGUUGAGUUCUUGGCUGGUUUUGACACAUCUGUGAGGAUGACUUUGAGAGGUCCAUCUGUUGAUUUGUUUAGUUCCCGAUGAUGUUUUUCUCCUUUCUCUGGUCAAAAUUUGUUCCUGGGAAUCGGGUCAAUCACCCCCCUCCCAAUCGAGUUCAUAUGAAUCCCUCCCUCUGAUUAGCCCGCCGCUGGCCCUUUUGUCUAAUCUUCAAUGCUUAUUCUUGCCAGGUUCACGAGCAUUACAUUACGAGGCUGAGAAGGAGGCUACAGUUUGAAGAAAGAAAGCACGCCAACCAGAGGAGGGUAUCACUCUUCUUCUUCAACACACGUUAUCCGUGCUUUCAGAGCUUUUUUAAUUUUUUUUAUUUUAGCGUGGCUUGGUUUGCCUUCUAACAAAUUCAUUGCUCGGAAAUUCAUUGUCUGUGCGAUUUUUGUUCCGUCACCAUCACCGUUCUCAUCUUCUCACGUCCAUGCUCAACUAUGGCUUCACUCAGUCGAGAGGCCUUCUUUUUUGGCCUUUCUAUUUAUACUCCAGGACCUUGUAGAGAGAUGGUGGCCUCGUGGGUCUUCUCUCCAUUCAUCAUACAUGACUUUUAUGGACCUCAUGGUCCUCAUUACUCUCGGUUUAUAAAGACUUCUCUUUGUUUGUUCCUCUGUUUUCUUCAACUGAGCUUUCAACACAGGACGUGUAAUGAGCCUUCUUCUUCUUCUUCUUCUUCCUCUUUUUGUUCUUAUACUUUUCCAGCUUCUUUCAGACGCAGAAACAUUGCGAUGGCUCAAUCAUGCAGUCGAGAAGGUUUGGCCGAUGUGCAUGGAGCAGAUAGCAUCUCAGCGGUUCCUCUUGCCCAUCGUACCUUGGUUCCUGGAGAAAUACAAACCUUGGACUGCGGUUCGAAGUCUCACCCUGUCUUCUUCUAGUCUUAUGGUUUUCGCUUUGAUCAACUAAAAUCAUAUGGCUCCGUCAGAGAAAAAUGUCAGAGGGGCCUCAUAAUUUUAUAAAGAAGUUUUUUCUUUGAAUGUGUUCCCCUCUUGCUUGUUCUGACAAACUCUGAUGGGGGGAAAGCCGAUUCACCCCCGCUGUUCCCUGUUUUCUCUUUUCACAUUUUUUUUCUGAACUGAAGUCCUCAGAUCCUAAUUUUCUCAUGUAAUGGGUUCUUCUUCGAACUUCACCUUCAGCUUCACCUUCUCGGGUCUUUGGCUGGUGCAGAAGAAAGCAGUCGUGCAACAUCUUUACCUGGGCCGGAGCCCUCCCGCAUUCACAGACAUCAGAGUUGUCCAUCCAUCUGCAGAUGACGAUCACCUGGUCUCUCCCUUUUUUAAGUUCCCUCAGUCUCGUGCUCGGAUGCCUCUUCAUAUCAGCUCUCGCUUACCACAACCUUUCGCCGGCUAUAAUCCCCGGACAGGUUCUGGAGCUGGGGAUGAAUUUUCUGUCUGCAGACGACAUGAGCUCUGUGCUCGCUGUGAAGCUGCGGAAACGGUUGGGCUUUGGCAUGUGGGCAAAGCUGCAUGUAACGGGGAUUCACGUCGAGGGGAGGGUGAGUAUCCCUGCAGGAUGGAGCCCGAAGAAACGAUCAAACCUGCCUCUGCUGUGGUUCGAUCGGAUUUUAAUAUCGUGUAUUAUGCCAAUUCAUCGUCCUUAAUUUAAUGAGUCUAUCUCUGGUUCGAUCAGAAGGAGUGCAUCUGUCGAAAGUUAAGAUUAUGUCAGGGCAAAACCAUCAGGGCUCAGGUUAUCGUGUGGGCUCCCGCUUGCAGGUGUUGAUAGGCCUGAAGUUUCUCCGCAAGUGGCCCUUCCUUGGACGGCUGCGGCUGUGCUUUGUCGAGCCCCCGUUCUUUCAGGUGACCGUGAAGCCGAUCUUCAGCCACGGCCUCGACGUCACGGAGAUCCCCGGGAUCUCCGGAUGGGUGGUAUCCUCCACUGCUCUUCCCAUUGAAUCAUAUAAUUAGCCUGGAUGUCUUCCGACAGGCCGUUGCCUUUGCUGUUGUCAGGACAAGCUUUUGACCGUGGCUUUUGCGGAGACGCUGGUCGAGGUCCGAGGCCCAUCAUCAUCUUCCCUCUCUUAUUUCUGGAAUCGCACCGAUGGUCAGCUACUUCAAGAAAGCUUCUUUUUUUGCAGCCUAACAUGCUCGUUGUCGACGUGGAAAAAUUUGUCUCAUCACCAGAACGUAAGUGUGCUUGGGCAUGAUUCCAUUGGACUUUCUUCGCCUGUUUCCAAUCUCGGACAGGCUCCGAGAUUUGUUUGUGGGGCUGACUUUGCUUUGUGAUUUCAGCCGAUUGGUUUACGGUGGACGAGAAGUGCCGCAUAGCUUAUGCCAAAGUGGAGAUCCUCGAAGGGGCUGAUAUGAAUCCGUCAGAUCUCAAUGGUUGACUUUCAGCUUAAUUUCCAAGUUUUUUUUUUUUGUUUUUUUUGUUUUUUUGGGGCUGUCAUACUGAGGCGGCGCCACCCCUCAGAUUAUGAUCGGAUGGCGUCGUGCAGGGCUCGCCGACCCAUAUGUCCGAGGCCGUCUCGGAUCCUGCCGGUUCCAGACAAAAGUUCAGCGGAAGACGUUAUCUCCAAGGUGGUAUGAGAUGUUCAAGAUCCCCAUCACCUCCUGGGAAGCGGCUGUCCUCCGCCUUGAAGUUCGCGAUAAGGACUACAUCUUUGAUGACUCAAUGGGGUCUGCUUCUCCCGACUCAUCCACCCAUUCAGUAUAUAAAUAAUAUCUAAAUAGUAUAUAAAUAGUAUACAAAGUAACCUGCCCGCAUGAGUUUCCCACUUGGGUUGAUCUUCUCUCUGGAUUUAUGUUGCUAGCUGCAUUUUUAUUUAUUUAUUUAUUUACUUUUUGGGGGGGGAGGUUCAUUGGCAGCCCUGAUCAUGCAUGCGGUUCUUGUCUAAAUAUGCUUUGCCUCCUGCCAGAAUCUGCUCCGUGAACAUCGGGGAACUCAGGGGCGGUCAGAGGCAUGACAUGUGGCAGACCUUGAAGGACGUAAAAAUGGGCAGCCUGCAUCUUGCCAUCACUGUUCUUGAAGAUGGUACUGCUGGAGCUACCUCCAAUAAGGUAAUUCAUGUUGUGUUCUUCGCGAUUUUUGCUGCCGUCAGAGGCCCCGGAUGGAUGCGGGUGGAUUGAUGCAGAGGUUGAACAGGACGAGGUGUCCGGAGGCGUUCGUGGGGCAAAGGAGAGGGAGCAGCAGCCGCCGGAGGACGGCGGCGACGGCCCUAAUGCUGUGGCAGAUGCAGCUUCCACGAGUGCCGGCGCAGGCAAGGGAGACGUGUACGAACCCGUCGACAUCCUAGGGCAAGAGACGACAGGGGUAUGGGUGCACCGGCCGGGGCCCGGCUGUGCCUCCCGUCGAUUGGAGCUGAGGAGGGGGAGGGAGGGCCUUUCCAACACCGAGCUUCUUCAAGGAGAAGCUGUGGUUUGGUCCCAAAGUAGCAGCCUGGCGGCGAACACCUUGCAGCAGCAAGGCGAGGUUGGCAGCGACGAUGAUGAACCAGACGGACACAAAGCUCAUCACUUCGGCAAGAUCCAAAGGGGGCUGAGGAAGGUAGGCCAUCUGCUCAAGAGCCCGAAGGGAGGGAACCCCCACAGUUCAGCGGAACACCCCCUCCCGACGCCAAACCCCGGCCUCCGAACAGUCACAGAAGGAGGGAGUGAGCCGGGGAAGGGUGGGCUCGGGGAGGCCUCCUCUGGAGAUGUGAGGAAGGGCAGUGCCGUUGAUGCUCCGAUCCCUGGGAAGGAGAAGGCGAAGGGGCGCAAGGAAGCGGCGAUAUGCAUUCUCAGGCAGGUGGGCAAUUCAGCGCAGAACAACCUGAGGAAAGUGUUGAGUGCAAAGGGCCCGAAACCAGACCGAGGAAAAGAGGAGGUAGACCCAGAAGCGGCGCCGGCGGACUCAUCGACCGAAGAGGAAUCAUUGACUUCGCCUGGGGAGCGCGGGUUCGUCGUUGAUGGCGUCCCCAUGGGAGCCGUCUUCCCCUCUACUAGAAGUGCCGCUGACCCUGGAUCUCCGAGCGCAAACGGAGCCGCGGGGAAACCAAGCUCGCCACCGCAACCAACGCAGGCGGACGGCCACCGCGCGGUUUCCCCGCCUGCCGCCGAGGGCGACUUGAGCCGCCCUCCGUCCAGGAAGGUGUCCUUCAGAAGCGCAGAAGGUGUAUGA